GAUUCUCUAUGCAAAGGCAAAAUCUUUUAUUUUGUUGUUGGGGAAGACUUACAUUUCCUCGAAAAAGCUAGGUGACUCAAGCAUGCAUUGAACGAGAAGAUAACAUGGCACUUACCCAAAACUAGGGUUCCCAUUUUCCUCUUUCCACCCCGAACCCCUCCCCCACUCCCCAUCAAGUUUUAAGCUUCCCUUCUUCUGUUCUGAAGAUAUAGAGAAACAAAUCAAGGGUUUUUCUUAGAGAGAAAAAAGAGAGAGGGAUUGAGAAGGAAGAGCAAAAGCAGGAAUAAGAAAAAAAAAAAAAAUCCCAACUUUGCUUGCCUUCUUUCUCUUUCUUUCUCUCCACAGAUUUCUUUUCCUCGGAGAGGGAGCUGGAGACACUUGGAUUUUGUUCUUCCUUCUGUCUCCUCUACCCUCUCUUGGUUUUUUUUUUUUUUUUUACUUGGUUAAUUUGAUAAUUUGUUUUAGCUCCAUUUUUAUGUAUAUUUCUUCAUACUUCUCAAUUUUCUGGUGAUUUAUAGAGUAAAUCUAGAGGGGAGUGAAGUGUGUGAGUGGGUGAUAUAUAGGCAAAAAAGGAAGAAUAAAAAGGUGUUUUCUUUGAUGAGUUUUGGGGGUUUUCUUGAUAAUAGCUCUGGUGGUGGCGGUGCAAGAAUCGUCGCAGACAUCCCUUACAGCAAUAACAUGGCCGCCGGCGCCAUCGCUCAGCCCCGCCUUGUCUCCCCUUCUCUGGUCAAGAACAUGUUCAACUCUCCGGGCCUCUCCCUCGCCCUUCAACCAAACAUAGAUAUUCAGGGAGAUGGGACUAAAAUAGGCGAGAAUUUUGAGGCUAGUCUCGGUAGAAGAAUCAGGGAAGAGGAGCACGAAAGCAGAUCUGGAAGUGAUAACAUGGACGGUGCUUCCGGUGACGAUCAAGACGCCGCCGACAAUCCUCCCAGGAAGAAGAGAUACCACCGACACACUCCUGCCCAAAUCCAAGAACUUGAAGCCCUGUUCAAGGAGUGCCCUCAUCCCGAUGAGAAACAGAGGUUGGAGCUCAGCAAAAGGCUGUGUUUGGAAACCAGACAGGUCAAGUUCUGGUUUCAAAACCGGCGAACCCAGAUGAAGACCCAAUUGGAACGACACGAGAACUCGUUGUUGAGACAAGAGAACGACAAGCUGCGAGCCGAGAACAUGUCGAUUAGGGACGCAAUGAGGAACCCGAUUUGCACCAACUGUGGCGGUCCGGCAAUCAUUGGCGACAUAUCCAUGGAAGAACAACACCUCAGGAUCGAAAACGCCCGGUUGAAAGACGAGUUAGAACGCGUCUGUGCACUAGCCGGAAAGUUCCUUGGCCGCCCCAUUUCGUCCCUGGCCCCUCCAAUUGCACCUCAAAUGCCGAACUCAAGUCUCGAACUUGGCGUCGGUAGCAAUGGGUACGCCGGUUUGAGUACCGUCGCCACAACAUUACCUUUAGUACCUGAUUUCGGAGCAGGAUUACCAAGCCCUCUACCCGUUCCGGUACCUCCUAACAGACCGGCAACGGGGAUAACCGGCCUGGAUAGAUCAAUGUUUUUGGAGCUUGCUUUGGCUGCAAUGGAUGAAUUGGUGAAAAUGGCACAAACAGAUGAACCCCUCUGGAUCCGGAGCUUGGAGGGUGGCCGAGAUGUAUUGAACCACGAGGAGUACCUGAGGAUAUUCACCCCUUGCAUUGGCCUGAAACCGAGUGGCUUCGUUACCGAAGCUUCAAGGGAGACUGGUAUGGUCAUCAUCAACAGUUUGGCUCUGGUAGAAACUUUAAUGGAUUCGAAUCGAUGGGCGGAGAUGUUUCCUUGUAUGAUUGCCAGAACUUCUACUACUGACGUGAUAUCCAGUGGCAUGGGAGGCACCAGAAAUGGUGUACUUCAACUGAUGCACGCGGAGCUGCAAGUGUUGUCUCCAUUGGUGCCGGUGAGGGAGGUAAAUUUCCUCCGGUUCUGCAAGCAGCUUGCGGAGGGUGUUUGGGCGGUGGUUGAUUUGUCCAUAGACAGCAUUCGAGAAACUUCUGGUGCACCCUCAUUUGUGAAUUACCGGAGGCUUCCUUCUGGCUGUGUGGUACAGGACAUGCCUAAUGGGUACUCAAAGGUUACGUGGGUUGAGCACGCAGAGUACGACGAAGGCCAAGUUCACCAGCUUUACCGACCGCUUCUAAGCUCCGGCAUGGGGUUUGGCGCACAACGCUGGGUCGCAACCCUUCAACGCCAGUGCGAGUGCCUCGCCAUCCUCAUGUCCUCCACCGUUACAACCAGAGAUCACACGGCUAUAACUGCAAGUGGUCGACGGAGCAUGUUGAAGCUAGCACAACGCAUGACAGAUAACUUCUGUGCCGGAGUGUGUGCCUCUACGGUGCACAAGUGGAACAAGCUCAACGCCGGCAACGUUGACGAAGACGUUAGGGUUAUGACCCGAAAGAGCAUUGACGAUCCAGGUGAGCCACCGGGCAUCGUAUUGAGCGCGGCAACGUCUGUUUGGCUGCCUGUGUCCCCACAGAGACUGUUCAAUUUCCUCCGCGAUGAACGACUGAGAAGCGAGUGGGACAUCCUGUCCAACGGCGGACCCAUGCAGGAAAUGGCCCACAUCGCCAAAGGCCAGGAUCACGGCAACUGCGUCUCCCUCCUCCGCGCCAGCGCGAUGAACGCGAAUCAGAGCAGCAUGCUGAUAUUGCAGGAGACAUGUACAGACGCGGCGGGGUCGCUUGUGGUGUACGCACCCGUUGACAUUCCAGCCAUGCACGUGGUAAUGAACGGUGGUGAUUCUGCUUACGUGGCACUCCUCCCAUCGGGGUUCGCCAUCGUACCUGACGGUCCAGGCUCGCGUGGGUCUAGUCUUAAUGGGCCCAUGAAUGGUGGUGUGGGUGGUGGGUCACAGAGAGUGGGUGGGUCUCUUCUGACGGUGGCGUUUCAGAUCUUGGUAAACAGUCUACCAACGGCAAAACUGACGGUGGAGUCCGUGGAAACGGUCAACAACCUGAUUUCGUGCACCGUUCAGAAGAUUAAAGCCGCGCUUCAAUGUGAGAGCUGAGGAGUCACGUGACAAUAUCAUAUGAUGAUCUUCUUCAGUGUUUUUUCUUUUGUACUGUGUCAUUUAUUUUUUUAUGUAUUUAUUAUGGUGUAUUCAGUGGUUGAUGUUUAGAUGUGUCUGUGUGUGUCUGCGUGAGAAAAGAAUGUUUCCAGUGUGACUUAGUGAGUUGGGGUGUUGAGUCAAGAACGAACCGCGCGUGGAUGAGUCCUUGCCGAUGAUGGGUAACUCAGUGCAGCGAAGCAAGGGUGGUGGUUCGGGUAUUGACUCAGGUUGACCCCAGUGGCUAUGUUGACUGCCUUGCUCAAAUAGAGAAAAUCAGAAUGCAAAAAGAAUCAAAGUUUCUUGAUAUU